AUGCAGGCAGCCGGAGGAACGAGAAAAACCCGACGUCGGGAGCACCGCGGAGUAGGUGCAAAACAUCGGAGGGUCGAGAUCAUCGAAGGAGCAGAUUUUGAAUGUCCAGUGCAGCUUUACAACACGCUUCCGAUGUACGAAGACGUCGACCUUGAGCACAUAAAAGAAAUCACCAAGCAGCGCCAGAGAGCUCUCAACAUUAUUGACUCGGUUCAUGCGGACUCGGAGGACCAAGAUGCUAUCAAAAGCAAGCUUGACUUGAAGUUCAAAGGCGAAAAAGUAUCACCUCACUCGGAUUAG